AUGGCAGUGCACCUCACUGAUGCAGAACAUGUGGAGGGGGUCAGCCAUGGAGAGAAAGUGGAUCAGCAUCCUUCUACCCUGAAUGUCCAGGAGGGAAACACUGCUGUUAUCAACUGUUCUUAUUCAGACAGUGCCUCAAACUACUUCCCUUGGUAUAAACAAGAACCUGGAAAAGGUCCCCAGUUCAUUCUAGGCAUUCGUUCAAAUAAGGACAUAAACGAAGAUGAAAGACUCACUGUUUUCUUGAAUAAGGCAGCCAAACAUCUCUCCUUGCACAUCACAGCCACCCAACCUGGAGACUCAGCCGUCUACUUCUGUGCAGCGAGGUCCAGUAUUGCCCAGAAGGUAACUCAAGGCCAACGAGCAAUCCUGGUGCAGGAGAAGGAGGCUGUGAGCCUGGAGUGCACAUAUGGCACCAGUGAUCCACGUUAUAGUCUAUUCUGGUACAAGCAGCUCAGCAGUGGGGCGAUGGUUUUCCUCAUUCGUCAGGACUCUUACAACCAGCAAAAUGCCACAGGAGGCCGCUACUCACUGAAUUUUCAGAAAGCAAAGAGUUCUGCCAACCUUGUCAUCUCAGCUUCACAGCUGGAGGACUCAGCAGUGUAUUUCUGUGCCCUGACUGAGCCCACAGUGAGAGGUGUGUUAGAAGGAGGUGUACCAAAACCCCAGGGCUCUGCUUCAUGCAUCCACCUGCUGUAG